CUGGAUUUCGCCUUGACAGCUUGGACAGCAUCCUCUAGACAGAUGAAAAUUGAUCUCUCAGACAACAUCAGGAAUUCGUUAUCUCCUACUACAUCUGAAGCUCAUAUCUUCAAUUGACCUUGUUGGUGGCAGUCCAAGGUCGCCGCAUAGUUUGGGGGAUUGGAUGAGGAUGGACCAUGCACCAAUGGCCGCAUGGUCCGCCGUAGGAGCUUGUUUCUGCCUCAGGCUUUGAGAUCAGCUCCGAUAACAGUGGCAGCACCACCUGAACGAAGGCGAUCCCUGAUACAUCCCACUUGUUGAUCUGGUUGUCCCCCAAAUCAACUACAUCCCCAGUUUGGUUGUCCUUUUACAACCCCAGUCACUUCAAAUCACUCUCAGUUCCCUACCUACUAUAAUCAGGUGUCUCUACCCGCCACCCUUCUUUCAACUAUCCUAAUCACAACGCUCAAAUCUACUGCGGGGCUUCACCAUGGCGGACCGACACUCCGUGCAGCUUAGCCUCAACAGUCUGCUCUCUAAGCUGGGUGAUCCCGAUCCGGACAUGAGAUAUAUGUCUCUGAAUGAUCUGCUCGGGAUCCUAAACAGCCCCAGCUCUACAUUUUUGGCCCACGACCAAGGUGGCUCAUCAGCGCUGGCCGAGUGUUUAUUGAAGGCCCUGGACGACCAGCACGGCGAUGUCCAGAAUCAAGCGCUGAAAUGCCUUGGCCCUCUCGUCCUCCGAAUGCCCUUCGAAAGCCUCGCGUUGCUGCUUGAAAAGCUCACGAACCUAACAGCCUCCCAGACCAUUGAUACCUCCGUCCCGAACACCGCUUUGAGAUACAUCGUUACAGCUCUACCUCGCCCUCAGGCUGGGCAGCCCCCCAGUCAGGAGGCGACCAUGGCUUACUCGGCUGUAUCUCGGGGGCUCAUCCCUCGUUUGACUGGCCCAACCCCAUCUCCUACAAGUCGGAGAGGCUCCAUCGUCAAGGGAAUGCUGGAAAAGGAUCCAUUAAAGGGUUUCAGUAGUGACGCGAUCGACGUUCUGAUUCAAGUCGUAACUUGUUUUGGUCCUUUGCUGAAAGAACCCGAAUUGAGCGCCUUGCAAAAUUCCGUCAUGUCCAUCAUCGAUAACGACACGGCUGGUACCGUGGUUACAAAGAGGGCUCUGGCGGCUAUUUCAGCCCUCGUCUUCCAUUUCUCGGACGCUCAGCUUAGCGCUUUUGUAGGGGGGCUCGUGCAAAGAUUCAACUCCACACAGCUUAGCACUGUUCAUCGGCGUCACCUGAUUGCGGCUGUUGGUGGUAUAGCUAAAAGCGCCCCGGCUAAGUUUGGUCCUCAUCUGCCUACCCUAGCCCCAUUUAUCUUUUCUGCUGUGGGCGAGGAUAACCUACCACAAGCAGCCGAAUCACUCCUCCCUCCGACCUUCUUGUCUAUCUUUUCUCUUCUCUUCUCCCACUACACAUCUCAUCACCCGUACCAGAAUAUUUACUGUCUCCAUUACCCUGCAUCUUAUUCGGGACUACAUUUUACCACCCCAUACCUUCUCACCAUGCACAUGCUUCGCUUGGUUGCUUCUGGCCUAGGUCUUGUAGCGUGCUCGACUGCGCGCAAUAUCAUCAACCUACAGCCUGACCAUCAAGGGACACGCCUUCUACCUCUUAGUCAUGGAAAUUCUUCUGCUCAGGACCUUGUGGGGCGUGGUGCUAGCAAUCGAUGUGGCCCUGACGUUGGCAAAUGCGCACCGGGUAAAUGCUGCUCAACUGCUGGUAACCACUGCAGCUCUCCCGACUGCCAGAUCGAUUAUGGUCAUUGCGACGCUCAUAUAACCCCAGGAGGUCCGCCUACUGACAAGAUUCCCCGGCCUCUGAAUGGCAACGUCCCCUAUGGUCCACGCUUCAUUCGGUCUUGUACUGUUCCGGGAACCAUUGCUCUGACUUUUGACGAUGGUCCCAAGGAAUACACGCAGGACCUUCUUGACCUUCUCGACAAAUAUGAGGCUAAAGUGACGUUUUUUGUUACGGGAAACAACAACGCGAAGGGCGAGAUUGACAGCCCUGGGAUGCCUUGGGCGUCACUGAUUCAACGUAUGCACCGCAGUGGACAUCAAGUUGCAAGCCAUACCUGGUCGCAUCAAGACCUCAGCAAGGUUACGCAAUCGCAGCGCCGGGUUCAGCUGCUUUGGAACGAAGUCGCGCUUCGUAAUAUUUUGGGGACAAUCCCCACUUACAUGCGCCCCCCAUAUUCCAGCUGCACGGCGGAAUCCGGCUGUCUGAAUGAUCUUGGCUCGCUCGGGUAUCAUGUCAUUCUGUAUGACAUCGACACUGAAGACUACAGCCAUGAUAGUCCGGAGGCGAUCCAACGAUCCAAGGACAUUUUCGAUCGGAACUUGGACUCUCGGAUAGAGUUUGAUAGGCCCUGGCUCGUUAUCGCUCACGACGUCCAUGAACAAACAGUGCACAACCUCACCGAGUACAUGUUGAAAAAGCUUAUUGCGGAGGGUUACCGCGCGGUGACAGUUGGCGAGUGCCUCGGUGACCCCCCAGAGCUCUGGUACCGCAAGGAUGACAAUUUUGACGACCGCAAUAUACGGAAAUCCAACAAGACCAAGAACUCGGAUACCAAACCCGUGUCAGUUGACGGCAUGUGUGGCGAGAACACCUCGUGUCUUGGAUCGCGGUUUGGUCCUUGCUGCAGUAGCACUGGUUUCUGUGGAAGCAUGUCUUCAUUUUGCGGUGAAGGGUGUCAGCCCGAUUCUGGUUCGGCCAAAAAGCCCUCCAAAUCGGAUGCAGGGUCCCUGCUGCAGCUGAGCCCAUCCGUGGCGGUUGUGAUAUUGUUGACCCUUAUGGUGUUGAUGGAAUAA